AGCAACUUCUCUUUCAUUCACAUUCUUACUUUACUUUAUAAGGUGAGAGAAAAAAAGUUCAAAUUCUCUUCAUUAUUUCAAUGUCUCCGUCUGGAUCUGGAUGAAAUUAACCAAAAGUCUUACACCAAAUUCAACAAAUUUCAAGUGUUCUUUUGCUUUAAGUGUGUUGAUCGCGAUCUCUUGCCCACUGCACUAAGGACCUAAGGUGUGAAGAGUGAAAAAAUGGAGUUGAAGGAGUGGUUGGUGUUGAUUAUUGGAAGCUUAGCUUUAAUUUUUGGAGUUAUGAAGAGAUUGAAUGGUUGGUAUUAUGAAGCCAAAUUGGGGAAAUUAUGGCCUAAACUUCCUCCAGGUGAUAUGGGUUGGCCUAUUCUUGGUUCUACUCUAUCUUUCCUCAAGAACUUCAACUCUGGUCAACCAAGAAUUCUCCUUCACAACCUUUCCAUUAGAUAUGGGAAAAGUGAUAUGUACAAAACUCACCUACUUGGUAGAGCAAGUAUAAUUGUUUGUACAUCUGAAGUUUGUCGUCAAGUUUUAUGUGAUGAAGAAAAGUUCAAACCUAGUUUACCAAGAAGCAUCACCCUUUUAUCUGGUAGAAAGUCAUUGAUGCAAGUGUUUAAGGCCGAGCACAGGCGGCUACGGCGGCUAACGAUGGCACCGAUCAGCGGCCAUUCAGCUCUAGAGAUGUACAUCAACCAUAUUGAACAAACAGUGGUAAGUGGUUUAGAGGAAUGGGCAAGCAUGAAGAAGCCAAUUGAGUUAUUGACAGAGAUAAAGAAGCUUACAUUCAAAAUUAUAUGGAAUAUUUUCAUGGGGUCUUCUUCUAUAGAUUCUUCCAUUGGAGAAAUUGAGGCUUUGUUUGCUCAAAUUGCAUUAGGCUUUAUAUCUUUGCCCAUCAACUUUCCUGGCUUCAGCUUCCAUAAAUCACUCAAGGCAAGAAAAGAGUUGCUGAGCUUACUUCAAUCCAUCAUAAACCAAAAGAGAAUGGAGAAGAAAAAAGAAGGGGAAAAUUGGGAAGCAAAAGAUAUGAUGGAUUUGCUAAUAGAAUUGAAAGACGAAGAUGGUGAAGAGUUGGAUGAUGAGACCAUUAGAGAUUUGAUUUUUGGUAAGCUAUUUGCUGGCCAUGAAACUUCAGCUUACACUGCUAUGUGGGCUGUUUUGUUUCUUACAAAUCAUCCACAUAUACUUCAAAGAACCAAGGAAGAACAAGAGGAUAUCAUUAAAAGAAGACCCACCACUCAAAAGGGUCUAAGUCUCUCAGAAGUUAAACAAAUGAAAUUUCUUUAUCAGGUCAUAGAUGAGACACUUCGAGUUGGUAGUAUCACAUUUAUGGUUUUCCGUGAAGCAGUAGUCGACGUCGAAAUCAAUGGUAAAAUUAUACCAAAGGGAUGGAAAGUUAUUCCUUGGUUUGGGGAGCUUUACAUGGAUGAAAAACAAUUUCCUUCUCCACAUGAGUUCAACCCUUCAAGAUGGGAUAAUUUUGUAGCUACACCAGGAGCUUUCACUCCAUUUGGAUUAGGAAGUAGAUACUGCCCUGGAAGUGAUCUUGCCAAGCUUGAAAUCUCUAUUUUUCUUCAUUAUUUUCUCCUCAAUUACAAGGUGGAACAACUUGACCCAAAAUGUCAAAAGACUUGCUUGCCAUUUCCUCAUCCUAAAGACAAAGGCUUGGCAAGAGUGCAUAAACUUGAAUAAUGAUCAACAAUAACAUCUAUCCAUAUAUAUUAUAUGUAUACACAUUUUUUUUCCUUUUGCCCUAGGAUCAUUUAACUUUAUAUGUUGUUAUAACUCAUCCGCUCAAGAGCUUUUAAGUUGAAUGCUAAUUUUGAUAUGGUAUCAAAGUAAAAGCUUCUGUGGAAGUUCUCGAACAA